AUGACCAGGGCGCCUCUCCUUCUGCUCGGCCUCAGCACGAGCUGCGCCGCGGCUUACCUCGCCUCUGUCGCCGCACCGCGCGCCUCCCUCAACCGCCUGCCGGAAGCGCGCCCUUCCGUCAGCAUUUUCGGCAGAGACGCGACGUGUCUCGCGGUGGGUGCCGCAUUCCCUUCACCGCCGCCUUUGCGAACCGCGCAGCCGCCCGCAGCCACGACGUCGCCCACCGCCCCGGAGCUUUACGAGCGUGCGGUGCUGCUGCAGCAGAUGCGUCGUCGGGAUGAAUCUCUGCGCACGUUUGAACGGCUCGCCGAGCUCACGCCGGGAGAUGGGCGCGUCUGGAUGCGCAUGAUGACGCUGCACAAGCUCGAGCGCCGCUGGGGCCGCGCCGAGGCGACGCUGCGACGCGGCAUCGAGGCGCUCCCGCAGAACGCGCUGCUUCGGCAGGCGCUUGGCGACCUCUGCCGCGAGCGACAACGGUGGGACGAGGCGCGCGCACACUUUGCGCAGGCGGCGAGACUCGACCCGCAACUGCGUUCCGUGUACGACUCGUGGGGCCGGAUGGAAGCGAGCCUCGGCCGGCACACCUUCGCCGCCGAGCUGCUCCAGCGCGGCCUUGAGCUUGAGCCCACCGCGCGCACCUACCACGCGCUCGGCGUGCGCGAGGGUAACAUCUCAGAGGCGCGCGAGCUGUUCGUGCGCGGGGUCUCGCACCAGCUCCGCCGGCUGCGGCCGGGGGACAACGCCGCCGCCGAGGCCGUCGUCCCUCUCGUCCACGCGUGGGCGGUGUGCGAGUGGAAGCACGGCGCAGCCGCCGACGCGCGCGCGCUCUUCCGACGCGCCGAGUUGCUCGCCCCCUCGCCAUGCGCGUGGGUCUUCCUGUGGCGCGCGCGGUUCGAGGCGUCGUGCGGCGAGGCGGGCUCGCACCACUUGGCGCGGCACUACUACGCGCGCGCCGUCAACGCGGCGCCGUUUGACCCGAUGAUCUGGCGGCUGUGGGCCGAGCUCGAGGCGGCGCACGGGGACGCCCCGCGGGCGGCCCUCUACUCGAAGCGUUCGCAGGAGGGCCACCCUCAGCUGAGUGGCUAG